AUGGGAAGCUGAGGAGCUGGGAACCAGGGAAAAUGGGAUACAGGGAAAAUGGGAUGGAAAGGAGAUGGGAAACGGAAAAUGGGAUUGAAGAGAAGGUGGGAUUCAGGGAGAGAUGGGAAGCACGGGAAAAUGGGAUGCAGGUGGAGGUGGGAAACAGGGAAAAUGGGGAGCAGGAGGACGUGGGAAACGGGGAGGUGGGAAAUUCGGGAAAAUGGGAUACAAGAGAGAUGGGAUGCAGGGAAAUGGGAUGCAGAGGAGAUGGGAAAUGGAAAAUGGGAUGCAUGGAGAGAUGGGAAUCAGGGAAAAUGGGAUACAAGAGAGAUGGGAUGCAGGAGGAGAUGGGAAUCAGGGAAAAUGGGAUGAAAAAGAGAUGGGAAAUGGAAAAUGGGAUACAGGGAGAGAUGGGAAUCAGGGAAAACGGGAUGCAGGUGGAAAUGGGAAUCAGGGAAAACGGGAUGCAGGAAGAGAUGGGAAGCAUGGAAAAAUGGGGAGCUGGGGGAGAUGGAAUUCAGGGGUAGAGGGGAAGCACAGGAAAAUGGGAUGCAGGGGGAAGGUGGGAAGUACGGGAAAAAUGGGAUCCAAGAGAGCUGGGAUGCAGGGAAAAUGGGAAGCAGAGAAGAUGGGAAGGAGGGAAAAUGGGGAUCCAAGGGAGAUGGGAAGCAGAGGGAAUGGGAUACAGGUGGGAAUGGGAAGCAGGGAGAGAUGGGAAGCAGGGAAAUUGGGAUACCAGAGAGAUGGGAUGUGGGAGCAGAUGGGAUGCAUGGAAAAAUGGGAAGCAGGAGGAGAAGGGAUGCAGGGGGAGAAGGGAAUCAGGGAAAAGGGGAUACAGGAGAAGGUGGGAUUCAGGAAGAGAUGGAAAGCACAGGAAAAUGGGAAGCAGAGGAGAUGGGAAGGAGGGAAAAUGGGAUCCAAGGGAAAUGCGAAGCAGAGGGAAUGGGAUACAGGUGGGGAUGGGAACCAGGGAAAAUGGGAUGCAGGGAAAAUGGGAUACAGGUGGGAACGGGAAGCAGGGAGAGAUGGGAGACAGGGAAUAUGGGAUACAGGGGGAGGAGGGAUACAGGGAAAAUGGGAUGCAGAGCACAUUUCCAGCCCUCGGAGCAUCCCUGUCACCCUUGGAAUGGGAAAGGGGCAGAGGCUGGAGCUCGGCUCCAACCGCCACGAGAAUUCCACGGGUUUUUGUGGUGCUGGAUGA